GGUGUCGCAUCAGUUUCCUUCCUGUCGGUGCGUUUUGGUGCGUUUUCUCCGCGGCUCCUCGCCUCGCCGUCCCGCAGAGGGCUUCAGUCGGACCCGCCCCACCCUGUCAAGUGUGUGUUUGAUUAUUUUCCAGUGUCAGAUAAGAACGAACCAGUCGGACAGGACGCACAAAGGAUCAAACUCCAGACAGAAAGCCGCAUUUUAUUGUUAUUAGCGACCGACACCGAGACAUGGCUAUGCCAGGAUACGGAGCUCUUCCACCGGGCGGGCAGCAGGACCCUCUCUAUGGAUAUUUUGCGGGUGUGGCUGGACAGGACGGCCAGAUAUCAGCGGAGGAGCUGCAGGCCUGCCUCACACAGUCCGGCAUCUCUGGCACCUACAAACCCUUCAGCCUGGAGACCUGCCGCCUGAUGAUCCACAUGCUGGACCGGGACAUGUCCUGCAGCAUGGGCUUCCCAGAGUUCAAGGAGCUGUGGGCGGUCCUGAACGGUUGGAAGCAGCACUUCAUGUCCAUUGACCGCGACCGCAGCGGCACGGUGGAGGGCCCAGAGAUGCACCAGGCGCUCACCUCCAUGGGUUACAACCUGAGCCCGCAGGCCCUCAACUGCAUCAUGAAGCGCUACAGCAUGCACGGCAAGAUCUGCUUCGACGACUACGUGGCGUGCUGCACCAAGCUGCGCUGCCUGACCGAUCUAUUCCGCAGGAGGGACACGGCUGGACAAGGCUCUGCCACAUUUCAGUAUGAUGAUUUUAUCCAGUGCACCAUGAGCACAUGAAGAAGAAAGCACCAAAGCGAGGGCACAAUAACCUUGUCAUUCCAUUUUGAACAAUAUAGAAAGUAUGUCUUCAUUGUUUCUCUAACACCUCGUAGUCUUCUCUAUGUGUUUUUUUUUUUUUUUUAUAUACUUACCUGUGGUUGAUUUUACUUGUUUGUACAUAAAAACCAGAGCUAAAACAUCACUGUCCUGGAUAUUUUGGAGAAUUAAUACAAACUGUAACUGUAAUUGACUGAUAGGAAUAUAACCAGCAACCACUACCAAGUGAUGACCAUCUCAUGGGCUUAUAUGUUGUCCUAACACUUUAACACCGUGUUGGCAGUGUUGUUCAUCCUCAGUGAGUUUGCUGAGGGUCAGGACAGGCUGUGUAGUCGCCCGUCAUGUCAUGUAUGACUGUACACGUGUGUGACGUGAAUAAACAUGAACAUCACCAC